AUGGAUGGCUCGACUACGAAUGACAGCGGAAAUAAUAAUGUAGGGAAUACGGGCAUGGACAGUGCCACGCUUGCAGGCGUAGUUGCUACCGUGAUCUCUUUCAUCGCGUUGAUCGUCUCGUCCAUUCAGUUGCUAUACCAGUACUAUACGAAUGUCUCGCUCAAUGCGCUUGGCGCAAGAAACUGCAAUGAAAGAGUCAUGGGCCCUUGGGCUAAACUCACUCGCCGCCGGUGGAGAUGGCUAGAAUUACGAUAUGAGAUCAUAUUCGAAUCUCCUAUUCUCUUUGUUGCACCGGCUUGGAACCAGCGAGGGCCCGUUCCAGGCCGCGAGAUCUGGUAUAUGAGCGGGACCGACGAGAGCUUUGCAGAGACUAGGACGCCGAUGCCCGUUGACUCGGGCCCGUUUCCUAGGACGACUGCUGUCCGCCACGGCGUCAACGUCGAGGCUACCUGGGUGCUGCUGUUACGAACCUUGCAGUCGAUGGAGCGCGAGAGCGGGAAAUGGCUGGAUAUCGUACGGAGUACAGAAGACUGCGAGAAACCUCUCCCUUUCGCCAACCGUACGCUGGCCGUCGCGGCACAGGCACAGACACUAUCGUGGGAUUUCGUGCCAAACUUCAAGAAGCCAUUUGCCAACACAACUAUCGGUCAUAUGGUCGAGAUAGCUGCCAUGCUUGGUAUCCACUGGACCAUGUGGGACGCUACGGUAGACCGCUAUCGUGCAGAGGGUAACGGGUGCAUGUUGCUAGGGUCUUUCAACGCUGAGCAGGGCAUCGUGUUCAAGUUCGUCAGACACGAUAAAACCGAGUUUCGCGAGUACCGGCUUAUUCCCAGCAACAUAAUAAAGAGAUUAUGCUUCGGCUUUGCCCCCACAUUCUAUUUCCUCGACAAGUAUGACUUUGUUCCGGAGAAGGGCGAGCGCGAAAUAGCCACAGAUCCAAUUCUACCGCUCCUAAGGCUAGGUAGUCGUCAGGAGAUCGUCGAAACCCUUAUGGAUAUCGGAUGUCCCAUAUCUAUAUCUGAGCAUUUCCUCCACCAAGAUGCGAGGAGUUCUCACCUUUUUCCUAUCGUAUUUGACAUCUUAGGAAUGUUGGGCCGGUCGAUCUCCAUCGAGGGAUACUGCUACCGUUUUCUACCCAACCCGACCAUAUUUCGCUGGGAUCGCCGAUGGUUCAAGACGAAGCGUUUGCUUCUGGUUUUCAAGGAGCAUCUCUCACAGCUAAAUAGAGUCUAUGCUAAAACAGGAGAUACACCGGAGCCCUUACUUGCUAUCGCGUCCGCACUCGAGCGUAUAAUCCCCUACUUAGAAAACCCCAGAGUAAAAGACUACUCACCAACGCUGCUUGAUUGCCUGCGCCGCAUUAUGACGAUCAUGGACGGGUACUUGAUGAACUCCCCGGGGGACUGGGAGUCGCCGUCCGAGACCUUAGUGCUCGACGUAGUCAGCCACCACGUUGCCUCCUUAGUCAAGGAUUUCAGACAUCGACCGUCGUGGUUCGUGGACCUAUUCCCACUACGCCGCGCCGACGACGGCGUCAACGAGCGCACGUAUAUUACCUUCCUAUUCCAGCACAGCCGUCGCGCUGCGACAGAGUCACAUAGCGAUAUAAACGACCUCUACAGCCCUGCCGGAGAGCUGAAGGUCGAGGCGCCACCCGUGACGGAUGGGAUCACAAAGACGAAUAGCUUUCUUGCUCCCUGGAGAAGCGAUGCAAGGUUACGCGAUGCUACGUGGUGCCUGCUUGUAUUCCGUAUGCUAUGCUGGCUUCAGCUACAUGAUUUCCAUAGAGACGACGUUAUGAUCCCGCGUAGCGCGACCUACGGGAGUCGCAUGCCUGUAUAUAUUGUUUAA